AAACACUUGAUCAUGGCGUUGGUGUACAUCGUGGGAUGGGGAUGCGCCAGCAGCGGGCUCAUCUUCCUCAACAACCACCUGCUCACCGAGGACGGCUUCCACUACCCGAUGACCUUGUGCAGCAUGGGGCUCGCCGCGUCGUGGACCAUAUCCAGCGUCAUGGUCAACGCGGGCUACGUGAAGCUCGACAAAUCUCGCGACAUCUCGCCCAGGUGGUACUGCACGCACAUCUUACCAAUCGGAGCGUUCGCCGCGAUAUCGCUCGCGCUGGGUAACUACACGUACCUAUACCUCAGCGUCAGCUUCAUCCAGAUGCUGAAGGCCGCGGUGCCGUGCGUCACGAUGAUCGUGCUCGUGGCGACUGCGCUGGAGAAGCCGCAUCGGAUGACGGUGCUCGGCGUGCUCAUCUUGACCUUCGGCACCGCGCUCGCGGCGUACGGGGAGAUCGCCUUCCAGUGGAUCGGGGUCAUCAUGAUGUUUUCGUCGGAGUUCUCCGAGGCGUUCCGCAUGGCGGUGCUCCAGUACUUGUUGGGGAACUUACGGUUCGACCUGAUAGAGGGACUGUACGUGAUGGCGCCGGCGUCGUUUGCGUUUUUGGUUUUGGGGAUCAUGUUGUUUGAGUUUCAGACGUUCCAGGAAGAGGACGGGUUCGCGAAGAUCACCGGGCGGCCGCACAAAUACCUCGCGGCCGCGUUCUUAGGGUUCUGCGUCAACCUGCUCACGCUGGCGGUGAUUAAAUCGACCAGUUCGCUCACGUUUAAAGUCGUCGGGCAGGUGAAGAACACGGUCGUGAUCUUGGUUAGCGUCGUUGUGUUUGGCAGCGAGAUUACGUUCUUGCAGGUUGUGGGGUAUUCGAUCAGCAUGGUUGGGUUCGCGGUGUAUCAG